AUGGCUACGAUGCAUGAAAUUACUAUUGGAAGAGACGAAUCGGAAUUAUUGAACUACUUGGAAGAGUUUGAUUUAGAUUACUUCAGGAAAAGUUACUUGUCCGCAACAAGUGAAGAAGAGAGGUGUCGAGUUGACGACCUCUUCAUAAAUCGUUGGGAAUUAUUUGAAUAUUCUGAUGGGCAAAGUGAAAAGCUUUUUACUAAAAAAUUGGAAAUACAGCACAAAAUUAUUAGUCAAAUUAGAGGCUUACCUUGGCCAAUUGACAGAAAGAUGGAAAUUUUGAAUAAACAUAUUGAAUUCAUGAAUGCAGUUUCAAGUGAUGUAAUCGACAUUCAUGGAUCCAAGAUCUCUAGAACUACGUUAAUUUUAUACAAAUGGACUCAACCGUCAACGUCAUAUAGUGCCCUGCAAGCUGAUACGAUUGAAAAUGUAAUCAAUUUUCAGGAAUAUAUUGGAGAUGUAACAGAACGUGACAAACCUUCCAGGCCUCUGUAA